AGUAAAUGUAAUGUUUUAAACCUUGACUGUUGCCAACUGGUUAAUCGUAUAGAAAAUGGAGAGUCCCACUUCAAGCAGUAUAUCUGUGACGAAACGAUUGGCCGCGUUGAUGCCAUGCGAUGACAAUUCUUGUUGCUGCAUACCACGGAGGAGUACUGUCAUUCUCAUCUCAAUUAUUAACUUUGUAAGGAAUAUUUAAAGUAUUAGACAUAGGUAACGACGUUUUACAUAAAGUUUACAUAAGUAUACGUACAUUAACUAUAAAUAGAGUAUGGCCGAUUGACAUUAUUCGAGUCCAGCGAAUCCAGUGCUGGAAUCUACUAGAUCCAUGAAAAAUCUAGUGCGAUUAUUACCUUCUUUCAGUAUUUCAGCACUGGAUUCGUUCGCUGGUCUAUAAUUAUUAAAACCGAGCAUUUCGAUAAUAAUAACCUUCUCAAGUCUAAAGAUGUUUUUGGUACAAAAUGUAAGCACAUAUAAAAAGCUAAUUUAGGUAAACAUGCCAGGUUACUACAAAUGUGAAAUUCUGCAAUUGACUUUGAACUCUACCCUCAAAUUAAGGUUUUAAAAUCAAGUUGACAGUUGAAAAAAAAAGACAGUUUUGUAAAACGUAAUGUCCUGUUAACUGUACAUUAUCUAUUCUAAAAUCGUUAUUUCAUUCUAAUUCUAAUUGGAAUCUGCAGAAUAGAAAUAUUAAAUAAUAAUAUUACUAAAUUUAACUUCAUGAUUCUUUUCUUAGUAAAUUUAAGUGUAAAUAAAAAUAUCAAUUCUUACUAUCAUCUAAUUUUGACUAUGAACUGUUGACGAAAUGAUGAAUGAAUGAAUUCUACUUUUAAUUAUUACAUAUGUAUACGUAUAAAAUUCGCUGUUUCUGCCAUAAAAGGGACCCUAAAAUUCACCCCGGUUAUUGAAGCUGUAACUGAAUAAAGGUUGAUUCAAGUUGGGUUUCUUUACACUUGUGUUUUUUUAAUUUUUAGGCGUUGUUUUUUAAUAUAGUAAUUAAUUCACUGCAUACAAAUCGUUACAGUUUGGCUGCCUAAUGGAUCUAAUGUCGAGCGAUACAUGUAUGAGUGCAUACUGCGAGGCGCGGGAGUACGCUGAUUCGCUCAGAAAAUUGUUGGUCACGUUAUUCCAAGUUGCCAAUUUGUUGCUAUUGCUUGCCUCUAUAUUUGGGGCAGACGAGCAAACGGAUCACCUGAUGGUAAGUGAUUACCGUCGCCCAUGGACACCUGCAACACCAGAGGGGCUACAAGCGCGCUGGCGGCCUUUGAGGGACGAAUAUGAUCUUAGGGAGGGAAGGGUUGAGGGGUGGAGGGAAGGGAAUAGGAAGGGGUUGGGCCUCCGGUACCCUCACUCACACGACGAAACACAACGCAAGCGUUGCUUCACAUCGGUUUUCUGUGAGGCCGUGGUAUCACUCCGGUCGAGCCGGCCCAUUCAUGCCGAAGCGAGGCUCACUCGUGGCAGAUGCAGUUCGAAGCAGGGGCAAUGA